AUGAUGGGAUCCUUCAACUUCACGAGCCCUACACAACGCCAUCAGGAUGAGAGGAUAGUUGUCCUUCUCCAGGUUGCCUUUGACUCCUUAUCCAGAUAUCCCUGGAUCCUAGCAAGUAGCCUCGGCAUCCCUGGCAACAUCCUGUCCGUGUUGGUGGCGAACAGGGCCCACAACCGCCGCCUCUCCCCCUGUAUCUACAUGAGCGCCAUGGCUGUGGCGGACACGAUCUUGCUCCUUGAGAUCACCUGGUUUUACUCCCUCUUUUACUCGGGAUAUUUGGAUGGUCUCAUUACAAAUCCUGAACUGGCUAAUAAGUUUCAUUUAUAUUUCAUGUACACGAGCAGUAUGCUAUCCGGCCUCUUUCUCGCGGAGAUGUCCAUUGAUAGACUCAUAGCUGUGAGGGUACCAAUGGCUGCCUCGAGACUGUGUACCACAAAAAGGGCAAAGGUCACGGUCAUCAUAUCAUCCCUCAUCAUAGGGACAGCCAACUUGCACGUGUUAUAUAUCUAUAGAUACAUCCGGGACCCUGAAACAGGUAUACGCGUGAUGGUGUUUUCAACACUCAGGGGAGUGGAACUCGUGGCUUCCCUUUUCUACGUAUUGGUGGGGACGGUGUUCCCUUUCCUAAUCAUUCUCGGCAGUAACCUCGUCAUCAUCGUGACACUACGGCGGGCCUCCAAGGAAAGGGCCCGGCUCAAGUCCAGUCAACAGAAAGAAGGACCGGGGAAGCAUCAACAAGAAACACAGCAUCUCACCGUCAUGUUGAUCUUUGUGAGCGUGGCCUAUAUUGUGACAUCACUUCCGUACCGGAUGUAUGACUUCAGCGCCCAGAUUCCGGCCGUGGACGCCAUGUAUGAUAUGUCGCAGGUUUAUUGGAGAUUACGUUAUGGUAUUGGUCAGUUUGCUGUCAUGAAUAUUUGGUUUUAUAAUUUCGCUGUUAACUUUUAUUUAUACAUCAUCGGAGGAGGCAAGCGUUAUAGAAAUGAUGCGAAAGAGGUGUUGUUUUGUUGA